GCACGACCCGCGCCUGCAAGAACACCUCAGGCGACGCGCUCAACGGGUGCUCGAGGUCAGCGCCAGAAAAACCGAGACAUCUCCGAGACAGCCACCAGCGCAGAGAGUAUUGUAUGGGCCAAGCUUGACCGCAGGAGGCGGACAGCGACGCAAGCAGGGAGAGAGAGGGGGCGUGUGGUGAGGGCCACACAUAUGAGCCUGGAAACCAGCAGCAGGAUUCUCCGUACUGUGUCUCCCGGCGGGGUUUUGCCCGCGGUUUGGAGCGAGUUUACUCGCGAAUACCAAGCGCUGUCGCCUGACGAAACGCGAUCCUCUAAUAUGUGCGUUAGAGCCGGCGCGACGAUGUCCACGAAACGUCAGGGCUACCAAGCUAAGACGGAGGCGACGGAGCCGCAGCCGACACAGCAGCAGCUCUUCCGCCAGCUGGGGUCUCCCAUCGAGGGUGUCGAUAGGGUCGGCGGGGGUCGGCGAGACCCCGACUUGGGCGGCUCGCACGGCCAGCACCGGCACCACGGCUGGCCGCCUCUGCAGCACCAACAGCACCAGCACCAGCAGCCCCAACAACAUCAUCAGCAACCGCCACACCAUCAAAACGGCAACAACGAUGACACCUCCGCCGCCGCAGUAGCAGCAACUGCAGCCGCAGCCGCAGCCGCAGCCGCUGGAGGGGGAUUAGAUAACCCAAGGCUCAAGCGCAAUAAGCCCGUCAAGUGGAGUGCCGAGGAGGAUCGUAGGCUCCGCGACGCUGUUGUCAGGUUCUCUGAAGCGCGUUGGAAGGACAUCGCUAGUCUGGUGCAGACACGCAAUCACGUUCAGUGCUUGCAGCGGUGGAAGAAGGUUCUAAAGCCGGGGCUUGUCAAGGGGCAGUGGAGCGCCGAAGAGGAUGACCGGCUGGUGGGACUGGUGGAGAAGGGGUUCCGUAACUGGGGACAGGUGGCGUCGUUUAUGGACGGAAGGACUUCCAAGCAAUGCCGUGAACGGUGGUGCCACCAUCUCGAUCCUGCGGUACGCAAGGGUGGCUACACCACUGAGGAGGACGAGCUCAUUAUUUUCUUGCAGGGGGAGGUCGGAAACCGGUGGGCAGACAUCGCGAAACGGUUGACGGGGAGGACGGAAAACGCUGUCAAGAUCCGCUGGAAGGCCCUGAACCGGCGCCAGCGGGACGCGCGGAACAAAGCCGCGGCGGCGGCGGCUUCUCCCGCCGCCCCAACCGGCCACCGGUUGCUGCCCCGUCCCGCCGCCGGCGCCUCUAACGGCCCGCUGUCGUCGUCAUCGUCGUCGUCCGACGCCGGCGGCAGGGGCGCCGUGGAUGAACGAGAAACGGUGAGGGGGGGUAUGAUGGUCGGACCUGGAGGCGGCGGCGGCGGAGGGAAGACUUUCGCUCGAGCAUCGUCGACGUCGUCUUCCUCCUCCUCUUCCUCGUCUUCCGCUGCCGCUGCCAAUGGAGGCGGCGGUUCCUCGUCCUCUGAAGCCGCAUCUCGGAGGCAAAAAGGCGGGGGCGGCGGUGCUCGGGCGGCGAUGGAUACACCGGCGGCGGCGUCCGGCGUGGCAGGACCGGGAGGGAUGUCGAUGAGAUAUUCAAGCUUGCCGCCGUCGUCGUCGUUGGCGAACAUCAAGCCGAACCUAACCCCGGCGGAGGCGGGGGAUAUCCACGCGGGGCAUGCACGGCGCUCUCUAUCGUAUCCCGCCGCCUUUGCCGCCGCCAGCGCGGCAACCUCCUCCUCUCCAGGCUACCCGAUCAACGACGCCGCCGCGGGCGCCGCCGCGACCUGCGCGUCUUUGGGGAGAAUAGACCGGCCCCCGGGCGUCGGGGUCGGCGCGGGUUUUCAACAAGAAUCGGGACAGGCGGUAGCGGGCAGCUGCUGCGGGGGCGGGAGAGAAGGGGGAGAAGGAAAGAGCGGCCGCCAGCAGUGGUCACAGAAGGUUGUCGGCGGCGAAGCGUCGUCGUUCGACGACCGGGCCCCCUUGACCGGUUCCGGUUUGGUGGCCGCUGCUGCCGCUGCCGCGUCCGCCGGUACUGGUUCGGGGAUGGUCCCCUCCGUCAAGGGGGUGGCGGCGCCGGAAGGUGCGCGGGCCUCGCCGUCGCGCCGGUAUCCUUUCGCUUCCGGCGACGGCGGCGGAGGCGGUGGCGGAGGCGACGAGCGCCCGGCGGGCAGCGGCGGCAAGAUGGAGUGCGCGGGCGCAGGCGACGGGGGCCUGCACCGCCUGUGCGCGGCUCUGGCCAACGUCGAGGCCAUGGACAACAUGCACAAGCGAGGAAGCGGCGCUGUGGCCGCCGCCGCCGCGCGCACGGCAUCAUCAUCCCGAGCCUCGCCCAGGCGGGCAGAGCUAGAGGGCGGCGGCGGCGGCGGUAAGCGUAGUGGCCGCUCGACCCCGUCCGGGGAGGAGGAGGGACAACAGCAACAGCAAGUCGGGGGCAAGUCGCCGGGCGCCGCCGCCGCUGCUGCUUCGCGCACGAAACGCGCUAGGGAUGAUGGUGUUGAGGUCGGCAAGGCGCAAGCAUCGGCAGGAGGAGCAGCGGCGGCGGAGGAGGGAGGAGGAUCACCGAGUAAGGUGGCGUCCGAUCCUCCUCCGGCUAAGAGACCGGCCAGGUCCCCGGCCAACACCGACGCCGCUGUGCCGACCUCAUACUCACCACCAGCCGCCGCCGCCGCCGCCGCCGCCAGUUCGGCUGCCGCUCCGGGCGCAGCGGCUGUGGCCGGCAGCCUUGCAUCUCAUGAUUAGAGACUAGUUCGUCAUCGUGAGCGAUCUGUCUUCGGAUAGAUCUGUGCGGGUUGGGGGUAGCUAGUCGUAAAACGAAUCCCUUGCCGUAGUCCGUAGUAGCUCCGUUCUGUCGAUUUCGCGACGAAGGAGGGCAGUAAAUCCUGCCAAUUUACGGCAUCAGUUUUGGGGGCCCGCGUUUGCGGUCGGGGGGGGGGGG